AUGUCACGCAACGUUGAGAAUCUAUCCCUUGAUGUUCGUAGACCGUAUUAUGAAGAGUAUAAGCUUCCUGAUUUCUUCUACAACAGUUCCUCUUUCAAACAGCUCAACAUUAAGUUCGCUCAUAAGAUGGUUAUGGAGUGCCGAUAUGGGUCUUCUUGGGUGUCGUUGCAGAAGUUAUCAUUGACUUGUUGUAGUAUCUCCGAUGAUUCCAUGGCUAAGAUUCUAUCCGGUUGUCCGAAUCUCGAAUACUUGAGAUUGUAUCUCUGCAGGAAACUAAAGUUUCUUGAUCUCAGGAAUUCCCUACGUCUGAGAACGUUGGAAGUAAACCGUAACCUGAAGAAACGGGGGCCAAGGCAGAUUGUGGCACCACAUAUCCAUUGUCACAGAUUGGUAGACUCUCUGACAUCAUGUACUUUGGUUGAUGUCGGUUCUCUAACCGAAGCUAAGUUGGAUAUUUGCUAUGUCCAAACUAAUAACCCUUUCUUCGAGUUUACCAAACCUGAUUUUCUCCAACUCCAAGUCAAAGUGCUUGAGAUGCUAGAGAAGGUACAAAACGCAGAGAAGCUUACGUUUGGUGGAAACUUUAUUGAGAUUUUAUCUCUUGCUGAGAUUCGUGGUGUUUAUUUCCCGAUGCUCAAGGUCAAAUCAUUGACUCUGGAUACAGUGAUCUCUCAGUAUGUUAUUCCUGGCAUAGAAAGACUGUUACAAAACUCUCCUGAUUUAGAGAAGUUAACAGUACGUGGAAGGACUUCCAGCAAUGCCAUACUGGAGCAUCAUCUUGACCUAUACUUGAAAUCACAAUCCUAG